UCCACUACCUACGUACGUAUUUAUGUACUUGCCCUCUCUGUCAGUAUCUGGCGUUUCAUAUUCAAACCUACAGCCUUGAUAACAGUGUGAUUGACAGAUACAACUUGUUAAUUUCUUUGUGAACCACUUAAACACAUCGCAGCACGAGGUUUACGCCUUGCAAAAUAACUUUAAUAUUUAUCCAUCUUCAGAGACGUAUCUAGCCAUUUUCUAGCAUUUUUCAUAGGAAAUCAUGGCAUCAAUACUACAGAGUUUGGCAAUGCUCCUAAUUUUUAUCGGGCUGUUUGUUCAUUCGGAAGGUGUGCUCCAGUGCUAUAUGUGCGGCUCUUGGGUGGCUGGACAAGAAACUUGCGGUCACAGCUCUCCACCUAGCUCAUUUCUGCACGAUUGUUACGCUAAUGUGAAGCGUUGCCACACCUCAAGUUUUCAGCAGAAUGGGAAAACCCAUACGGUGAAGGGCUGCUCCCUUGGAGAGAUCGAACCGAAUGGGUGCAUUGAUGCCAAUGUCAACGACCAGUUCAACACCCCCCAACCUGGAAAAAUAUGCUACUGCUCGUCCGACAAAUGCAAUUCAGCCGUCACCAAUCGGAAAAUGCAAAAAUCCGAAAUAUUUGCAUCCUUCUUGUCCUUUGUGCUUUGGUGGAUUCUCUGUUAAAUAAAGUUACACAAGAAUAAAAAUUGUUGGGAGAAAAGCAUGAGCACUAGUAUGUAUAUGUACGUAUGAUGUUUCUCAUUUACAUGAACUAAAUUUAAUUUACGAAAUAAAAUGUCGUGAAAAAUCUUCAUA